CAAAGAGAAAAACAGUACCCCAAAAAAUGACUAGUUUGGGAGGCCUAAUAAUCAUUCUUUCAAGCUUUCUGUGUCUGCUCCUUGUCUUAGCUUUCAUCAAGAUCCUUCACAAACUAUGGUGGACUCCGAUUCGCAUACAGAAGCUGAUGGCUUUGCAGGGGAUCAAAGGUCCUUCUUACAGAUUCAUCCAUGGAAACACCAAAGAAAUCUCCAACAUGAAAAAGGAAGUCAUGGACAGGCCCCAAAUUUUGUCACACGACAUACUUUCUGUAGUUCAACCUCACAUUCACUCGUGGACCAAGAAAUAUGGUAAGAAUUAUCUUCAAUGGCAUGGUUCACAGGCUCAGUUGGUCAUUACAGAACCUGAGUUGUGCAAACAGAUACUGAAUAACAAAGGCAGCGCUUAUCCGAAAAGAGAGCCCCCAAACCUUGUGAAGAAGCUAGUGGGAGAUGGCCUUGUGGCAACAACUAAAGCUGAAAAAUGGGCAAAAUUGCGAAAGCUGGCCACCCAUGCCUUCCAUGGAGAGGGUUUAAAAAGUAUGAUUCCAGAAAUGAUAGCUAGUGCCGAGACGAUGCUAGAAAGGUGGACAUUUUAUGAAGGAAAAGAGAUUGAGGUUUAUGAAGAGUUUAGAUUGUUCACGUCGGAAGUGAUUUCCAGAACAGCAUUUGGCAGCAGCUAUGUAGAAGGACAGAACAUAUUUGAGAUGUUGAUGAAGUUAGGCUUCCUAAUAGCAAAAAAUUUUCUCAAAGUCAGGGUUCCUGGAAUCAGUAAGUUUUUCAAAACCAGUGAUGAGAUUGAAUCGGACAAACUUGAGAAAGGAAUUCAUGCCUCCAUAAUAGAGAUGGCUAAGAAAAGAGAAAAGAAGACAAUGGCUGGAGAAAUGGACAGCUUUGGAAGUGAUUUUCUUGGAUUACUUUUGAAGGCUAAUCAUGAAACCAAUGAGAACCAGGGGAUUUCGGUGGAUGAGUUAACUGAUGAGUGCAAGACGUUUUACUUUGCUGGACAAGAAACCACUAAUACAUUGCUUUCUUGGACUGUCUUUCUCCUGGCACUCCAUACAGAUUGGCAAGAGGAAGCAAGAAAGGAGGUGCUACAAUUAUUUGGCAAACAAACUCCAAAUCUUGAUGGCAUUGGCAAACUGAAAACAAUGAGUAUGAUCAUCAAUGAGGCUCUAAGGUUAUAUCCCCCUGUUGUUUCGGUUAUAAGGAAAGUCGAAAGGGAAGUUAGACUAGGAAAGCUGAUUGUUCCUGGUAAUCUUGAAUUGAUUGUCUCAAUAGUAGCACUUCACCAUGAUCCUCAAAUCUGGGGACAAGAUGUGCAACUUUUCAAACCAGAGAGAUUCUCGGAAGGGGUUGCCAAAGCAACCAACAAUCAUGUAGGCGCAUUCAUACCCUUUGGACUGGGACCUCGAACUUGUGUGGGCUUGAACUUUGGGACCACUGAAGCGAAGAUUGCUUUGUCGAUGAUUCUACAACGCUACGCCUUCACCCUUUCCCCGGGUUAUGUCCACUUGCCCUUACGUUAUCUUACAGUCCGGCCACAACAUGGAGUGCAGGUAAUGCUGCAGUCACUUUGAACUGCCACAACAUGGAGUGCAGGCAAGGUUGCCUUGUACUUUCAACUUGACAAAGCAAUUGUUCUCUUUAGUUUGGCAGCAUUUUGGAUAGUCCAAAGUUUUCCUGUUUGUUUUUGUUUGUUAGUAGAAUGAAAUCUUAUUCUUACUUUUUGAUAAUAAACAUUUUCAGUUUGAAUGCAUCAUCCAUAUAUAGUAAAAGGAAUUUAAAUAAAUAAUG